GAGGAGGAGGAAGGCGAGGAGUGUUCUGCUGCUUUUUCUCCGCUUUCUUUGUUGUUGUUGCUCCAGUUUAUUAAAAGCAGCGACACGUUUUUUCAUCUUUGCUGGCGGUUUCUGUCCCGAUCAGGUCUCCAUAAGGGGGUCCGGGGAUCCACACCGACUGUUGCUGAGCCCGCUGAGCUGGACGAUGUGUGGACUCCGGAUUUAUCUGGGUUCUUCAUUUCAUCGGAAGCAGAACGAGGGAAGAACAUGAGUUGUGUUGUCCACGUUCCGCUCCGGGGGUUGUUUCCAACAUGGAGAAUGGAGGACAGGACCGGCUGCUAGCAGAAGAAGACUGAAGACAUCGUGGGAGCAGCAGAAGAACCAUUGGCGCUCUUGUUUUGGUGACAGCUUCUGGAUUAAUUAUUACCAAUUUUUUCUUUGCGAGGAAACCCGUGAUGCAUGAUUCGCUCAUGGAGAACUCCAGGUGAGCUGACCUCUCAACAUGCUGGCUCUGAGAGUGGAGCAGAGCAGGCGGGGGGUCGGUGAGGCGGACCGCCUGCAGAAAGAGGCCGCCACGACCAGGCAGGGCUGGCAGCCGGGGAGGCCUCCGUCCCAUCAGCAGGGUGUUAGCAUCAGAGAGAAGAUCUCCCAGUGGGAAGGUCGCAGCCAGCAGGGCAGCAGCCAGGACGCCGGGGCGAGAGCGCACCCUCCGACCAUAUCCCGAACUCUGUCUGGAGAUCUCCUGGGCAGCAGAUGUUCCAGCGAGGGCUCCAGAGGGGGGCUUCAUGCUAAAGCCAGCCUUUCAAAAGCAAAGAGCUUGGGAUUGGAUUUCCGGGAAUCUUCGGGACAAACUGGCCACGUUGUGAUCGGCAGGAAAUCAGAACCGCUGCAGAAACAUUCCCCUCAGUUUUCAGCCUCAUCCCAAGAACGAAAUACACAAAUAUUUAAAUCUGCCAAAGGGAAGGCCAACACCUCCAUCUCUACAGGCAGACAGACUUUUACUGCCAACGGCGACCAAAAAAUGGGUCGCAUCGUGGAUGUUGAAGUAGUUUUCAAACCUCUACCUCAGUCGGCUGAUGAGCAGGAAGACAACAUGCCUGCCGGGAAUUUCUACACUUCACGGGGUUUCUGGCGGAAGCUGGAGGGGGACAGGCUGCUGUGGGAGAAAGGCAUCGCGUCUUCAGGUGAAGCUCACCCUCCUCCUAAGCCUCAGCGGACGUUUCAGUAUCGGGGAGUCAACAGCAGCAACAACACGGGGCCAGCCAUGCGGUGGGACAGUCGCUCCAUCGUGAGGGGCAGGAGGGUGGCUCACCCACCCAGCUUCCCGCCUCCUCCCUGUCCGGUUGCAAAGACUGAAGGACUUUCGAGGCAUAAAAAGAACAGGAAGUCCUUUGAGUACGAGGAUGCAGCACGUCUGACGGCGCAGGAAGACCUGGUGGGAGGCGAUGCCAGGCACUCGGGCCUUUACCACGCCUACUCCGAUGACAACAUUUACGAGGACAUUGUCUUUGAUGUGACCAGAGAUAACCCCUACGAGGACAUCAAGCUGUCGCCCAUGUGUCUCCCGAUUGCAAAGCCUCACCACCCAAAGUUGCCUCCUAAACCCCAAACGUUGCAUGGCUACGCUAGCAGAGGGGAGAAGAAGGGCUUCCAACCAGUAACGCCUUCCAAGUCCUCCACCCUCGCAGAUGCUCCCAAACCAGCUCCAUGCCGACGCCCGAGCGCUCAAAAAACAAACCGGACGCCUCAGUAUGUCAACAAGAUCGAGACCAUCUUCGACGACAAGCGAGGGAGGAAGAGAGUGAAGAACCAGGGAGCCACCAUGCGAGAAGAGACCAGCGGGACAGAGAGCGACCCAGAAGACAACACCAAAGCAGAAUCCAGGAGAUCCGUUUACAUCCAGUCUACACUGAAGCGUCGGCCAGGCUACCGCACCCUGGAGAGGGACUUGAUCCAGCUGCAGCAGCAGCAGCUCUUCCAGAUCUUUGUGGUGGUGUCGCUGAGAAAAGACUCCAGAGGAAACACCUACUCGCCUGAAAUUACUCAGCAGUUCCCCAAAAUGUUUGAGAAAUCGUCCCGGCUCUCUAAAGAAGCUGAGGAUCAGCUGAAGGUCAUUCCCAAGUUCUGCUUUCCUGAUUCUCAGGACUGGAAACCCUCUGCACACACGCCAAGCGAGACCUUUUCAUUUGUCCUGACCGGAGAAGAUGGCAGCCGCUGGUUUUGUUACUGCCGCAAGAUCCUGCCCAGCGGAAAAGGGAAGAGACUUCCAGAGGUGCACUGUAUUGUCAGCAAGCUGGGCUGCUUCAACCUGUUUGCAAAGAUUCUGGAGGAGGUGGAGCGGCGCAGAGAAAUUUCCCCGGCGCUGGUUUACCCUUUUAUGCGUAGCGUGAUGGAGGCCCCGUUUCCAGCCCCCGGACGCACAGUCACCAUCAAGAGCUUCUCCCCCGGCUCUGGGAAUGAGGUCCUGACGUUGUGCCGACCGGUGGACUCCAGACUGGAGCACGUGGACUUUGACAGCCUGCUGCAGUGUCUCAGUGUUGGUAAACUCCUGCAGGUCUUUGCCUCCCUUCUGCUCGAGAGGAGGGUCAUCUUCAUCGCAGACAAACUCAGCGUGCUGUCUCGGUGUGGCCUUGCAGUGCUGGCGUUGCUGUACCCCUUCACUUGGCAGCACACGUUUGUUCCCGUGCUACCAGCCAGCAUGCUGGACAUCAGCUGUUCGCCCACCCCGUUCCUCAUCGGGGUGCUGGCCCCGUACCUGCCAGAGCUGCUGGAGCUGCCCAUCGAGGAGGUGCUCAUAGUGGAUCUGUGUGCAGACAAGUUUGUCAUUCAGAUGGGUGAUGAAGACUGCAUUCUGCCCAGUAAACUGCAGGCAGCUCUGCAGCAGAUCCUGGAGGAGAGGGAAGAGAUCCUGCGACAAGACAACGGAGACACAUGUGGAGGCCAGCAGGCUGACCUGAGCUCCCUGGUAUCUGAGGGCUUUGUGCGUUUCUUCGUGGAGCUGGUCGGCCACUAUCCUCUUCACAUGGCCGAGUCCUCCAACGGGAGCAAAGAGCUUCAGCGUGACAGCUUCCGCAAAUCUCACCCGUCCCGUGGAGUCCGCCAGUUCCUGCAGCUCUUCAUGGACACCCAGAUGUUUGCUGGAUUCAUUCAGGACAAAGAGCUGCGCAAGGGAGGAGGAAGAGGUCUCUUUGAAGCCAGAGUGGCAGAGCACCUGGAUUCAUGCCCCGACCCUGAGCUCAGUGGUGUGAACCGGUUUCUCAAAGGACUGGGAAAUAAGAUGAAGCUCUUACAAAUGAAAUGAAGAAAGACCAACACAUCUGAUUGUGAAUGACUUUUAUAAGUAAAACCAGAACACUUGCUGCUGCUGGACUGGAUGAGACAAGUGAACGGGGACGAGAGAGAGUCUUGUGCAGAGGACCAGUCUGAUCUCAGAGCCACGCAUGCAUGUAUGUGUGAGAGCAAUCCUCAUCGGGUGAAAACUGGAAGCACAUUUUUUUAAUUUUCUAUUUCCAGCCUUUGUGAAACUACAAAAACAUUCCAGCUCGUUAAGACCUGAACAUGUGGGUGGAUGGACGGUGAAUGUGAAUGAAAACUUGUUUACCUGCAGCCUGUCUUACAUUUAAACCAGGAAGUGUAACCUGUGAGUACUUUACAGUUGAACAUGCUGUGUCCGUGUUUUUAUGUUGUUAAAUCCCAUUAUCAUUCCUUUUAGCACAAACUAAAGUCGUUGUAAUGGCUGUGUUCCUGUAUGCGUUGUAGAUAUAGCUGUUCUGAUCAGAACAUUUCAAAGGUUCAAUCCAAACUGUCUCUUUUGUAGAAACUUCACUUUUCUGACUUUAUUCUUGAUUUAAU